UUCCACAGGAAUUCAGUGGUGCCAGCUGCUCUGUUCCUGGCAGCCAAGGUGGAAGAGCAGCCCAGGAAGCUGGAACAUGUCAUCAAGGUGGCCCAUGCUUGUCUGCACCCUCUGGAGACCCCCCUGGAGACCAAGAGUGAGGCCUACCUGCAACAAGCCCAAGACCUGGUCAUUCUAGAGAGCAUAAUACUGCAGACCCUGGGGUUUGAGAUCACCAUCGACCACCCCCACACCCACGUGGUGAAGUGCACCCAGCUCGUGCGAGCCAGCAAGGACUUGGCCCAAACUUCCUAUUUCAUGGCUACCAACAGCCUGCACCUGACCACCUUCAGCCUGCAGUACACCCCCCCCGUCGUGGCCUGUGUCUGUAUCCACCUGGCAUGUAAAUGGUCCAACUGGGAGAUCCCAGUCUCCACGGACGGGAAGCACUGGUGGGAAUACGUUGAUGGGACAGUAACUCUGGAGCUCUUAGAUGAGCUGACCCACGAGUUCCUGCAGAUCCUGGAGAAGACCCCGAACCGGCUGAAACGCAUCCGGAACUGGAGGGCCUCCCAAGCAGCCAGGAAGUCCAAGCCUGACGAGCACGGGGAGGAUGAGAGCCUGUCAGAACAGACCAUCCUUAACAUGAUCUCCAGGAACAACAGCUCAGACAUGAACAUUGCUGGUUUGAUGAGCAUGUCGACCUCCUCCACCGCGGGGCCGGCGCUGACAACCGGCCCCGACUCCCCCAGUGACCAGAGCAGCACAGAAGUGUCCCAGCCCGACCACUGGCACCCCCCAGCCAAACUGGAGAUCAACCAGACCCACAGGACUAACGAGAGCUCCUCAGUGGCUGAGAAUCCUACCCAGCCAGAAGGUGCUGGGUAUCAGAAACCAGGUGGCAAGAACCCCCCGUCGGCCAAGGUGUCCCUCAAGGAGUACAGGGCCAAGCACGCCGAGGAGCUGGCAGCUCAGAAGAGGCAGCUGGAGAACAUGGAGGCCAACGUGAGGUCUCAAUAUGCCUACGCUGCCCAGAACCUCCUGGUGCAGCAGCAGAGGGAGAGGGAAAGUCAACAGGACAACAACCCCUCUCCCAUCAUCCUGAAAAUCCCCAUCGGUGGCUCCGAGAACCCCGAGCGACCUCCCGGCCCGGAGAAGAUGGACAAGACCUCGGCCUUGAAGCUGAGGAUCCCCGUGGCUGGUGGGGGUGGGGAGAGGCCACUCCCUUCCAAGCAGGAGGAGAUAAAAAUGCGGAUCAAGGUGCCAACCCCUGCCGAGAGACACGGCCCCUCGGAUGAGGGCGGCGCCAAGAGCCGCGAGCACAAGGAGAAGUACAAGAGUCACUCCUCCUCCAACCACCACCACCACAACCACCACUCACACAAACACUUGCACCCUCAGCUGGGCCCGGGUCCCAGCAGCGUGACCAGCAAGAGACCAGGGGACUCCAAGCACAGCAACCAGCCCAGUGCUGGGCCACACAAAGGCCACGGGGCCCUGGUCUCCUCCCGCAAGAGGCCGCCCCCCGAGGAGACCCACGAGCACCAACCCAAAGUCACCAAAGCCUCCAAAGCUCCAGGGGUGCCCUUCCCUUAUCCCCACCUCCCCGGGACAUCUCACCACACUUCAGAUCCAAGCAACCUUCCUUUAUCCCAGGCUCCCAAAGCCAGGAGCAGCCAGAACAAAGCUGACAAAGGUCCCAGUGGGGCCAACGGGCACAAUCCCAGUCAGGCCAGUGAUUACCAGGACACGGUGAACCUGCUGCACUCCCUGCUCAGUGCCCAGGGGAUGCAGCCCAACCAGCCCCACGGCUUCGACUUC